GGGGACAGAGCCGCGCGCGCAGGGAAGUGGAUCGCAAGCACGCGCGCGUGCGCCUCGGUGACCGCGGCCGUAAUGGCGCCGCUUCCGCAGGCGCGGGUCCUGCGUUGCUGCAGCUGCCGCCUCUUCCAGGCGCACCAGAUGAAGAAGAGUCUCAGAUGGACAUGCAAAGCCUGUGGAGAGAAGCAGCCGUUUUUGCGGGCUUACGGUGAGGGCUCUGGUGCUGACUGCAGACGCCAUGUUCAAAAAUUAAAUCUGCUGCAGGGACAGGUUUCAGAGAUGUCACUCAGGUCUUUGGAAGAACCUGUAAAUGCCAAUGAAGAGGAAAAUGCAGGUCCUCAGCAGGCUGCGCACACAAGUCUGCAGGGAAAAGCCCAGCCCUCAGAGAACCGCUGGAUGAAGUAUCUGGAAAGAGAGUCCAAAGACCUGGGGCCAGAAGGAAGAAGAGUGUGUUUCAGCAGACAGCCCUCCUCCAGGACAGAGAAGCCAGAGCCUCCGUUCAGCACAGGCCUGCCUAGAAAAAGGAAAUGGAGCCAGAGCACGGUCCAGCCUCCAUGCGGCCCUAAUGUCCAGGACUCAGGCAACUCUCAGCUCACCUUGGAGCCCCAGUGGAGGUCUUUGGGAGACUGUUCAACAUGGGCCCUGCCUUGGGUUUCUGAGAAACUGUUUCCGUCCUCACUUUCACUUACCCACGGCGAUGUGGGCCUGGCAGGGAACGUCAAAGAAGGAAGUGGUCAUGAGGACUGGGACACCAGGGAGCUCACUGUUCCUCAUGGGGAACCACCAUGUCCUGCCCAGCAGGUCAGGACCACGUCUUCUAAGUGGGAACGAUUUCUUUUGCCACCUGGGAACAGCUCACAUAUGGACAUGGAGCCCCCAACAGCCCUGCAGAAAGGCCUCAAGCCAGCGGGGGCAGCACAGGCUGAGCAGGGGACGCCCAGGGCCCAGACCCCAAGGGAAGGGCUCUUCAGCAGGCCCCUCAGUACACUCCAGCUUCCUGGGGCCACACACACUCCCACAUCUGGGCCCAAGAGGCCCUGCGGGAAGACCGCGGAGCAGCUGUGGGGCACGGUGUAUCAGGUAGAGGGUGGGCCCUUGGUCAAAGGGACACAGGAGGCCCCACUUGUGCGACUAUGUGACCUCUUUAAAACCGGUGAGGACUUUGAUGAUGAUCUGUGACAGACUAGCAUACUGUCAAUUGAGACAUCCUUGUUCAGAGCCCUUCUCCACUAGACCUUAUGCCAUUGGAAACAGGACCCC